GUCCUGAUGAAUCGCUACGCGACCUUGGAGGGAGGCAGCCAGGAGCUCACCCAAGGCAAUGACGACCUCUCCAUGCGGUUGGACCGCGUCCGUGAUGAAUGCGCGCGAGUUCAGACAAAGCUGCAGAAUGAGCACCUGGCCAUCAGCAGCCAGCUGCACAAAUGCCAGGUGGAGCUGGAGCAGCAUCUUCAAGAGAGCCAGGACGCCACAGAUGUCAAGUUCGCUCCGGUCCGCGGUGACAAGAGCGACGUGCGUCUGGAAGAAAUGUUCAAGCAGAUUAUCGAGCGGGUGGAAGAUCUGCAGGUGGAGCUGCCGAUGUCUGGGAGGCUCUUCACACGGCAUCUCCUUGUGACGUUCAACUCUGAGAUGCACAGCACCGUGCAGCUGGGCCGGGAGAAGCCCAAGGAGGGGCUUCUAAGUGUUGCUUGCAACUUCAUUCGCCACACAGAUCGGAUGCAGGCUCUCUUCGAUGAGAGGGGCUUCAUGGAGCGCGUGAAGUUCCUCUACCAGCGCAGUGAAGAUGAUGUUCGACGCAGGCCGCAGGGUGUUACGCUGGGCUUCAGCUUCGUUUUCGUGGUCAAGAACUUAGUGAUCUAA